ACUUAGCUUGCAAGGUGUGAGAUUCUUCGGCGCGCCCACGCCCGCACGCACGCAACAUGUGGCGUUUCUGUUCCCCGCCCCACGACACGGCACCGCUGCGCUCCACGUGGGGCGGCAGAGCCUGCUGCAGCGCCCCCAUCCCUACUCCUCCAUCCACCGGUCGACACGCAUCCCCUACCCUCUCCCACUGCCUUUAUUCCCUUCGCCUUUCUUCUCUGCGUAGCUGCGCAUUGCCUCUGCCUCCGAGAACAAGAAGAGAGAGAAAAAGGCUGGUGUUUUAAAGUGAAUAUUAAUAAUGAUAUACUAGUAGUGAGCUAUGGCGGCAGGCGCCGCUCCACAGUCCGUACGGCAGGUGGGGAGGGGCUGCAGAGAUGUGUAGGGCUGACGUCAAUCUGCGGUGGUGGAUGUGGUAAUGCAGUGAGCAUUGGAGAGAGCGGUCACAUGACCUGCCCCCUGCGACACGUCAAAUCGGGCGGCGGCUCAGCUCCUCUCUCUUCUCCUCUCCUUCUUUUUACUUCUCAGCCUCUUCUCAUAUCUUGUUUCGGAGCUUCUCUUCUUCUUCUUCUGCUUCCCUGAGAUCAAGCAGGGAAUCAUGGCGUCGAGAGGUGAGGGGCAUCAUUACCGCGGGGUGAGGAAGAGACCGUGGGGGAGGUACGCGGCGGAGAUACGAGACCCGUGGAAGAAAACGCGAGUGUGGCUCGGCACCUUCGACACCCCCGAGGAGGCUGCGCUUGCCUACGACCGUGCCGCCCGGUCACUCCGUGGCGCCAAGGCCAAGACUAACUUCCCCUAUCACCACAACCCGCCUCCGCCGCCGCCGCAUCUCGAUCUCAACCUCCCCUGCCACCUCUGGCUUCUCCCGCCGCAGGCUAAUCCAACACCUCCACCGUCAACUGCGCUCGUUCUCGGCGGCUUCGCCCAUGUUGAUGGCCUGCCACCUCCGGCUAAGCAGGCAUCGCCUUCACCUUCUGCUAUGUCUCUGUUUCGGGAUUUAGGGAGCGAUUUGCCUUUCGAUCUUAACGAGCCGCCACCGACGUCGUCGCUGAUGAUUGGUUAAUUAAUUAAGCAGUAGUGAUCUCGUUUUAACUCUACCACUCGCCCAGUUUUCUUUCCAUGUUUUCCUUUUCUAUUGUUGGUUAUGUACCUUUAUGUGCCCUUAGCUACUGUAGAGUGGUGAAGCCUGUAAUUAAAUGGUGUUUAACGUCCUCUGCCCGAGUUGAAUGCUUUUCUUCGCCUGCCUUCAUGCCGCAUCCCGCAUGGAUGACGAUGAAGAACAGGGAUCAAUCAGGAUGACACGGGGUCAUGCAUGGCAGAAAGCUCGCCGCUUUUGCAAUAUUUUAAUUGGUUUCA